UCCAGAAACCUCAAACGAGUAUUCAGGGGGUGGGGAUAGGGAAAGGGUUUGUAUCCUGUGCUGUAAGCAGCCUAUUUCAAAGCAACUCCGCUAACUUCUGCUUUGCAAGAGCCAUUUCCCAGGCACUCAAAAUACAGUUGUAGAUAGUGACAACUGGUGUAGUAGGCAAUAAGAUGAAAUCGGUUAUAUUCAUUGUUUUAUAUACGAUCGCAUUGUUAGUACUGUUCGCGUCAGUACGUUGUGAGAAAAAGGAUUCAAUUUCCGAAGGCAAUCUGAUAGUUUUGACAGUUGCUACCGAAGAAACAGAUGGCUUUCGGCGUUUCAUGAGAUCGGCUCAACAUUUCAAUUACACGGUUAAGGUGCUGGGCAAAGGGGAGAAAUGGAAUGGUGGAGGCUACAUGAGCCCCCCAGGAGGAGGUCAGAAGGUGCGUCUCCUCAAAGCUGCCCUGGAGGAGGUGACGGAGAAGGACAAGGUCAUCCUGUUUACUGACAGCUACGACGUGGUGUUUGCCUCUGGGCCGAGGGAGCUGUUGAAGAAGUUCCAGCAGGCCAGACACAAGGUGGUCUUCUCCUCAGAGACCCUGAUCUGGCCCGACCGACACCUGGAGGACAAGCACCCCUACCCCAAAGAGGGCAACAGGUUCCUGGGCUCAGGAGGGUUCAUGGGCUAUGCUUCAAACCUCAAAGAACUGGUGUCCAGCUGGACAGGGAAGGACAAUGAGAGCGACCAGCUCUUUUAUACCAGGGUUUAUAUUGACCCAGAGCAAAGGAAAGCCCUAAAUAUAACUCUGGACAACAAAUGCAGACUGUUUCAAAAUCUCAACGGAGCUCUGGAUGAAGUCGUGCUAAAGUUCGAGGAUGGGCAAGUCAGGGCCAGAAAUGUGCUAUAUGACACCUUGCCCGUCAUGAUCCACGGCAACGGACCCACCAAGCUCCAGAUUAACUACCUGGGCAACUACAUCCCUAAGCUGUGGACGUUUGAGACUGGCUGCACCGUGUGCAGUGAGGACCUGCGCCCUCUCUCUGGCCUGAAGGAGACAGAAUACCCACUGAUGGUCAUCGGCAUCUUCAUCCAGCAGCCCACCCCCUUUGUCUCCGUCUUCUUCGAGCGUCUGCUGAAGCUCAAGUACCCUAAAAACAGACUCAAGCUCUUCAUCUUCAACCAGGAGCCUCAUCACGAGAACCAGGUGGUCAGCUUUGUGAAGGAUCAUGGGAUGGAAUACCAGGCGGUGAAGCUGAUUGGUCCCGAGGAGGGCGUGGAUGCCAUUGAGUCUCGUAACCUGGGCUUUGCGGAGUGCAGAGAGGACAGUGACUGUGAGUAUUUCUUCAGUGUGGACAUAGAGGUGGUCCUGAAGAACGAGGACACUUUGAAGAUCCUCGUUGAGCUCAACAAGCCCCUGAUCGCCCCCAUGAUGAUCAAGCCUGGGAAACUCUGGACCAACUUCUGGGGAGCCCUCAGUGCGGACGGAUACUACGCCCGGUCCGAGGACUACGUGGACAUCGUGCAGGGACGCAGAGUUGGGAUCUGGAACGUUCCGUACAUGUCCCACGUGUUCUUGGUGAAGGCCAGUGUUCUGAGGCACCAGCUGAGUGCAGCGGACCUCUUCCGCUCCGACACCCUGGACGCCGACAUGGCCUUCUGUCGCCACGCACGAGACCAGGGAGUUUUCAUGCAUGUUACAAACCUGCACUCCUUCGGACGAGUUCUGUCGACGGAAAACUACCAGAUGAAUCACUUGCACAACGACCUCUGGCAGAUCUUCGAGAACACUGUGGACUGGGAGGAGCGAUACAUCCAUGAGAACUACACUCGCAUAAUGAAGGACAAGUUAUUAGAAACGCCCUGCCCCGAUGUGUACUGGUUCCCCAUCUUCUCCGAAGUGGCGUGUGAUCACAUCGUGGAAGAAAUGGAGAACUUUGGGCAGUGGUCCGGAGGAGGCAACAAGGACCAGCGUAUCCAAGGGGGCUAUGAGAACGUGCCCACCAUAGACAUCCACAUGAACCAGAUCAACUAUGAGAAAGAGUGGCACAAGUUCCUCGUGGACUACAUCGCGCCCAUCACAGAGAAGAUGUACCCGGGCUACUACACAAAGUGCACGUCAUACCUCAACUUUGUAGUGCGAUACAAGCCAGACGAGCAGCCUCUGCUGGCACCCCAUCACGACGCCUCUACUUUUACUAUUAACGUAGCUCUCAACAGCAAAGACAUUGACUAUCAGGGUGGAGGUUGCCGGUUCCUGCGGUAUAACUGCUCCAUCCAGGCUCCGCGUAAAGGCUGGACCAUCAUGCACCCGGGCCGCCUCACUCAUUACCACGAGGGCCUGCCCACCACGGGAGGCGUCCGCUACAUCGCAGUGUCUUUCAUUGACCCUUGACCCCGCUGCGCUGGCGCCUUCUGCUCAUCUGGUGCUCUCUGCCUGACACUCCACUGGCAGAAAGGGCAAAGUUUGGUUUGUUGUCAAAGCUUCAGGGGAGACAUGAAUCCGGAACGAGUGUUCAGAUCAUUUUGAAAAGCUGAGAGUGUUUUACUUUAGAGAUGGUGCCUUACGUUUGAAAGCAUAAAUGUGUUUUUGUAAAUUUGUAUACAGUGAACAAAGUUUUAUACUGAGGAUUGAUCUAAUCCCUUUUGCAACUGCAUCUGUGAACUCAGGCAUAUUGGACACUGAUUACAGUUGAAUUGAAGCAAUAUGCAAAGUGGUGUAUCUUAGUAAACUUUCGUGAUACUAGGCCUAUUUAUUACCAUGUGUAUUUGACUCCAUUAAGGGUCAUUAUUCCAAAGACAUGACUGGGAAAUUUGGAAUGUGCAAUAUUUGAAGAACGGGAUUUUAUGCACAUCUUGAAUUGGUUCUACACAUGUGCGCUGACCAUCUUAACCAGGUGCAUCACCACUUUGUUUUCAUUUAUAAGAAAAUGUGAUAAAAAAAAAUACGGAAAAUCAGCCAAUAUUUGUAAACUGCAAUGUGUAGAAAAUAUUCUUCCUAUUUCUGUGAUUUUAGGACAACUGUUUUGUUAUUUGUUAAAGGCAACAACACACUGAGUCUGAGCCUUGAGUCAAUAAAUAACUUAACAACG